UGUAAAUAAAAACAGUGUUGUUAUUGCUGUCUGUGUUUUUGAAUGCGCUUUGCUAUGUUUUAAAAUUUUUUGUUGGGAAAUUCUUUCCUGCAUUAACAAUUGAACAUGAAUUUUCCUUUUCUUCUACAUUCAUCCAAAUUUUAUUUCUUUUGGCCAACAAUAAAGAGAACUUUAUUUUAUAAAUCCAGUGGAUAUUUAGAGCCUAAAGCAUCAAGUAAAUUUUUUUCAAGUGGCUACUUUCCAACUGAAAAGGUUACCAGUUUGAAAAAAGACACUGUUCUAUACUCAUUAGAAAAGACCAAGUUAAUUCGUAACCUUACCAUUUACGGCAUAGCUCAGUUUGGUAUAUGUACAGUUCUUGGAUUUAAUAUUUUUAUCAGUCUUAAAGAUACACAGCCAUCAAGAAACAUUAACACACAGUCCAGUAAGGAAGCAUGGAGAGAUGUAAAUUUGGGUGCUGUUAAGCACAGAAUCAUAUCUAGUUUAGCAUGUUUCAGUUUAGGAUUUUUAACUGCUUUCAUUUGCUACUCCUUACCAUCACGAAUUGUGAAAACUAUAACAUUAUGUAAAGGAGGUAAUGUGGCUUCUUUUGUAACUUAUGGACCAUUUGGUAAAACUAGACGCAUAAAAGUGCCUCUUCAGCAGAUGUCCUGCAUGAUGACUCGGGAGCAAGCUAAAUCAUAUAUACCUAUUAAAAUAAAAAACAGGUGGUUUUAUUACUUAAUUGAUUGUAAAGGAGAGUUUCAUCAACCUGCUCUUUUUGAUGUGACUGUUGGAACUAGAAAUUGGAAAUUUUAAAAGUGUUAUGUUUUUAUGUACUUAAAUUAAAGUUUUUUUUCUUGUUU